UCCACAGGCUAAGCCAGAGCUACUUGUUAGUUUUACCUUCACUGAGGCGUCGCUGAACGUGGACUGAUUUUGACUUUGCCUGUGAAUUUAUUCAUCUUCUUUGUUUUUGUUUAACUUUUUCAUAACCGACUGAUGGAAAGGGCAUCCUGCUAGGGAGCACCUAGCAACAUGUCCUUCAUUAGAAGACUGCGUGCUACAGUUAAAUAGUAACGACAUCAUUAGACUCUUUCAGAGGGGACACGCAUCCAGCCUCCUCCAAAGAUGGCCUUCUUCCAACAGCUGCGACUUCUUCUAUGGAAGAAUUGGCUGACAGUGAUCAGACAGCCAGUUUGGUCACUCAUUCUCAUUGUCUGGCCUCUGAUCAUCUUCAUCAUCAUUGCCGUGACCCGCAGUCACUUUCCUCCACUAGCAAAAGACACAUGUUAUGUGGGACCUCGAAACCUGCCCAGCACAGGCUUCUUCCCUUUCCUGCAGACCCUCAUGUGCAACACAGACAGCAACUGUCACAACAAAUCACGCCUGUUGGACACAAAGUCUCACAAAAGGGCAGGCGUGCCAAGGCAGCAGUCAUUUCCAAAGGGGUCUCCACUGGAAAGCCUGUUUCAAGGGGGGAAUUUUUCACAGAUUGAUUUACCCAAAAACUUUCUCCAUGAUCCUGCCAUCCUGAUUGAGGUCUUAAACAAGAUGAUUGGUGUACCUCACCAAGCAAGUCCUACCAAUGGCUCACUCUCCAAUAUUACUCUGAGUGAUCAGCGGAACUUGAGCAGCCUGCUGCAGUCAGUGAACAAACUGAAGAGGGCCUUCUGCGCCAUGACACUGCCACUGAUGGACACUGCCUCACAUGAUCCCUUCACCUUUUCUAUGGUCACUUUCUGCAAGACCAAUGACACCGCGCUGGAAGUCUCACUCCUCACACUCAACCAGAUUUUGACGGAGCUGAUGACGAAAAACACAGAGGAGAUGGUGACGACGGCCGGGAUGUCGCUGCUGAUGAUCGCUCACCUGCAAAAUGAGACGGUGCUGUGGGAAAGUCUCCUUGCUAUUCCACAGCUCUUCUCUAGUGGUUCUGUGGACCAGGUGCUAGCCACUGUGGAGGGCCUACUCAUCAGCAUGCAGGGUGCUAUGAAUAAGAUCGAGAGCAACUUCCCUGAAACUGGUGCCUCACUUUCCACCGUGCAUUCACUAAUUGCUGGAGGCAUCAACCUAGUUGACUAUAUUCAAAACUGGCCUGGCAAAGAUGUGUCCAUUUUACUGAGAGAUGUCGUCACCGUUGAGAAUGGAUCCCUUGGUGGAAUUAUGAUGCAGGUUCUCACAGAUGUCCAGAUACCAUUGGACAAGGCUAUCGGACUGACAAUGGACAAGAGCAUGGUGCAUUCCUACUUGUGUGACAACAGCAGUAAUCCAUUUUGGCUGAGUGCAGCGUGCAGCACUGGCACCGUGGACAUGCUUCUGGGUUGGAUCAGCCCCGAAAAGGUGGCAAAGCAGAUUCUCCUGGCAUGGAGUAGAGACGUCGCCCUACAUGAUUUGUCUUUUGCCAAAAGUCUUAUUGGAGGUUUAUCUCCAGGAGAUUCCAACAGCACGAGGAGCCGCCGUAGCGUAGACACUCUGCCACAAAAUUUAGACGAGGAGCUGUUUUUGGAGGUCGGUAAAGUGGUGUUGGCGAUUGUAAAACUUGUCCCCGAGGUGGACCUGGUUGUUCAGAGCGUCCUCCAAACUGGAUUCCAGUCCCUGAUGACAGGAACAAUGGCCCUAGACACGGUGGAAGAAAUGAUGGAUAAUGUUCUGAAAGAUGCCACCAACCUCCAGUGGGUCUAUCUCUCACUGAUGACAAACCAGUCUCUGGCAAGCGGUUGGAUCGAUCGUGUCCUGUACAGCGUGUUGGAAGGUGUUAAGCAGACAUUGGGAUCUGAUAAUCUGACAUGUAACAACGUCCUGGAACCCUUCGAGUGGCUCUUAAACACCGAGAGCGUAGACAUUGAGGUGUGGAGAUCAGUGAUCUGCCAAAACAGCUCUACUUUAGAACAAGCUCUACUGAUGGAGUGGAUGCCAUUGUUUCAGAAGGCACAAGAGGUGUACGACGCAAUCACAAGCCGUAUAAAUGCCACCGCAACCCUUCCCAUGAUUCUCUCCGAGUGGCACAAAAUGCAAGAGAGCACUAUGCAACUUGAUUCGCUUUUGAGCAGACUGGUCUCUGAGCUAGGUGGAGCAUAUUCGAUGAACUGGAUGCAAGUCAACAUCACGCAAGAUCUUGUUGGGACUCUUCAACAAAGUGUUCUCUCAUUCAUGGUGGAUGUAGGAGAACACAUUGAGACAACAGAACUCUGGCCAAGUGUAAAGAACUACUUCCACACUCUUUACUGGAUUUUGAACUAUAGACCUGGUGUCACACCUCAACCUGUAAACUGUUCGACCGACUUCUUCACCUCAGCCUUAACCUGUGACACUGGUUUCAACUGGCCACAGUUUGUUCAGACAGUAACUCAGGCUUUGAUGUCACCGAAUCAAGAAUUGGUGGUCAAUGUUCUCAAAGGAACCUUGAAUUUUCUGCAGCAAGUGUAUGGUGUCAUCUAUAAAAACCAGGCAAUAACAUUUUUGAAUGACGAACUCUCUCAAGGUGGAGACACAGUCUCUGGAUACCUGAUCAGUUUGCUGAUUAACCUGGAUACUUUUCUUCGGGAAGUCUCCAUCCUCCCUAACAGCAGCCUUGAUGUCAUGACUCCAGCCAUUAGUAACCUGUUUGAGUCAGCAGGUCUGGGACGAAUGUUGCCUCUGCUCUUUAGUGACAGCCCCGUUAAUAUCUCCACUCUGCUUGAUAUUGCCUCAAAAAUUGGAAGGGAAAACCAGCACUAUGUCAACUUCAAUGAGUCCGACCCAACGCUGCCUGAGCUUGAGCGGCUGAUAAUGCACUUCCUGUCAAUGGAGGGUAACCUCACCAUAGCGCUCCCUCACAUCAUGGGGCACAGUCUGCUCACUUACUCAGACUACUUCCACCCAGACCUUGUUGCCAAAGUCAGAGAAUUCAUCCAGCCUUUCACCAACAAAACUUCAACCGGUGCUGUAGAGGCCAUCCUUAGUGCCGUGGAGUUAUUGAAGACAGUGACUGAUGCCAGCGAUGGUGACCCAGCUGUCAUCAUUCUUGGGUACAUACGCCAGUUUCAAGAAUUGGUGAUGUCUAUGUUCAGACUAAGGAGAAUCAAACAAGUUGCUUUACCAAGUGGGCAGCUCACCGCGGGACAAGUCACUGAUCUACACCUGCUUUCUCAGGACUUUCUCAAACUCCUCACCCCAGAGGUUCUUCAGAACCUGACUCAAGCUGGACCAGAUGCUGCCCAGACCAUUGUUAUCCAGAAAUUUGUAUCAUUUCUUCCAUCAGAGGUCCAACACGAAGCAACUCGCUUUCUCAAUGACUUCAAAUCUCUGCAGAAUGAAAUGUCCAAAUGUGCAACAGGCCAGGACUGUUUGACUGGAAUCUCAGAAAUCUUACAUUUCCUCGACCAAAUAUUUGAAUUGAUGCUCUCAGGCAACGGUACUGUCACAGUGACAAUAGAUGCAACCAACCGCUUUGUCGAGGGACGGGAAUAUGAAGAACUUGAAAGAGUUUGGUUUUCACUUCUCCUUGCUCCAAAGGAUUCUGCGGCUGUACAAACAUCCAGACAGAUUCUUCAUUUAGUCAAAUUGCUCAUGGCCAAACCAAAUAUUUCUGUGUCUGAUGUGCAGAAUGCUCUGAGACAGUCAAACCUAACCCUUGAGGAGUUAAAUGACUUUGCUGCCCUAGCUGGAGCUGCUAACAUUAACAACCUGAUGGUUAAUCUGAUUGAGAUUGUCAAUACUCGCAUAUGUUUCGAACCGCAGCAUGACCUGAAUGUCACAGCCCAGUGUGCUUUGAGCCUGAUACGUGGUGUCAGCACAUUCCUGACACAGGUACCCGAGCUCCGCAAUCAAACAGCAUUUCUCUCUCUUAUCCCAUUAAUUGUCAAAGCAACUUUGGAAGAUGUCAUGAAAAUUGACUUCAGCUCUCAGCCAUACGUGGUUUUUGUGGAUACCUUGAACAUCACUCUGGCUAAUAUCAAGUUGAGCCUCCAGCUGAACCACCUGAACACUCCCGAGAUCAUGAACGAACUCAAAGUGGUGGAGCAUCUGAUGCAGCUGAUCGCCAAUAUGGAACCAUUUAACAACACUGACAGUGCCUUGAUGCAGGACCCAAUGUAUGCUCAGCAUGUGAGCUUGCAGAUUAUGCAGUGGUACUUGAAUAAGUUGGAAAACAUCAGCAGCAACAGCUCCAUCUCUGAGCUCCUCCAACCAUUUUUCUACAUGACACAAAUGCAAGUCACAUCACAACUGGCACAGACAAAUUUCUCAAUGUUUGUCAGUAACCAAGUUGAGGUCCUGAUUAAUAGCCUGCAGCACCCAAUAGAUGGUGCAGGAGUGAGUAAGAUUGGCCUGACAGUUGUUCAGAUUCUUCACCACUUGUUUGACUUCAUAAAGUUUCAGCUACAGGUUCAAGGUGACAAUUUCGGUUCACACUACAUGUUCAAUACAACUACUCUGAAUGCUGUUGAGACCCAAAUUAAGCAAUACCUCACCCUCACAGAGAAUUGGAUGAAACAACCAAAUGUCCAGUUGGUCCUGACAAACAUGCUCCAGUGGGGAAACCCCUCCAUAAACACAUCUGCUCCUUUGACAGACAUUCAACACCUGCUGCAGACAAUGGUUCAUUUUCUCAGUGAUGAUGAACAGGUUUACCUCUCAAUAAUUAGCAAUAUUACCCACUCCUUGAAGCAAGCCCUAAUGGUGGCAGAACAACCAGGUGGCCUACAGAGCGAUCACUUCCUUGAUGUCAUCUUCGCAGCAGUUCAGCCUCUUAAAAUGCUGAUACCCCUGCCAGCCCCUUUGAAACAGAACAUGAUGGACAUUGUGGAGGGUUCGUUACAGUUCCUAAUCCAGCCAAACAUGAGCUAUGACUCAUCACGUGCCACCGUCCUCCUGAUCCUCAACAGAACUGAGAGCAUAGUCCAACAGACAGUACCAGAAAUGUUUGCUGUGUACCUGCUGCCUGGACUCAAAAUAGUGACCACAUACUUCAAGAGCAUCUCCAUGAUCAGUGGACCAGACAGCUGGAAUCAAAUGAUUUUGAAUCAGAUGGAGACAAUCCAGAGCUCUCUGCCUCCAAACUGCACAGCAAAGUCCUACAUCUCUGCAGUCAUUAACAUCACUCAGUCCAUCUUGAUGUUUGGCCAAGGCAAUAUGAGCUAUGACUCAUCACUUGCCACCGUCCUUCUGAUCCUCGACACAACUGAGAGCAUAGUCCAACAGACAGUACCAGAAAUGUUUGCUGUGUACCUGCUGCCUGGACUCAAAAUAGUGACCACAUACUUCGAGAGCAUCUCCAUGAUCAGUGGACCAGACAGCUGGAAUCAAAUGAUUUUGAAUCAGAUGGAGACAAUCCAGAGCUCUCUGCCUCCAAACUGCACAGCAAAGUCCUACAUCUCUGCAGUCAUUAACAUCACUCAGUCCAUCUUGAUGUUUGGCCAAGGCAAUAUGAGCUAUGACUCAUCACUUGCCACCGUCCUCCUGAUCCUCAACACAACUGAGAGCAUAGUCCAACAGACAGUACCAGAAAUGUUUGCUGUGUACCUGCUGCCUGGACUCAAAAUAGUGACCACAUACUUCGAGAGCAUCUCCAUGAUCAGUGGACCAGACAGCUGGAAUCAAAUGAUUUUGAAUCAGAUGAAGACAAUCCAGAGCUUUCUACCUCCAAACUGCACAGCAAAGUCCUACAUCUCUGCAGUCAUUAACAUCACUCAGUCCAUCUUGAUGUUGGGCCAAGGCAAUAUGAGCUAUGACUCAUCACGUGCCACCGUCCUCCUGAUCCUCGACACAACUGAGAGCAUAGUCCAACAGACAGUACCAGAAAUGUUUGCUGUGUACCUGCUGCCUGGACUCAAAAUAGUGACCACAUACUUCGAGAGCAUCUCCAUGAUCAGUGGACCAGACAGCUGGAAUCAAAUGAUUUUGAAUCUGAUGGAGACAAUCCAGAGCUCUCUGCCUCCAAACUGCACAGAAAAGGCCUACAUCUCUGCUGUCAUUAACAUCACUCAGUCCAUCUUGAUGUCUGACCAAGGCAAUAUGAGUCUCUGGGCAAGUUUUGAAAAUGGAUCCCUAGAAAAUGUGCCCAUGAUUAUUGGCCAGUUGGGCGAGCACGUGAGCAAUGUUUUGAUGGGAAUCCCUGAGUUACCUCACUCAGUCGUCAAGGCUGUGAAGCUCUUUGCCCACCUUCCUUCACUCCUGAAUCAGAUGAUAAACAGACAGGUAGACGAAGACAUGUGGCAAAAACCUGAAAAGAUGCUCCAAGCCCUACUGUUUUCCAUCGAGGGAACAGAGUUGUGGCACAAUAUCUCAUCUGUGGUCCCACUAUUUGAAAAAAUCAUCGGAGUUGUCGUGAAAAACAUGCAAGCAGGGAAUGUGAUGAUACAAAGCCUCCAGGUUCCUUUGGUGACCUUGAUAACAGAUGUUUUAGUGUCUGCGAACAGCUCCUCUGUUGUGUUGUCUGAAGUCAUGGAAAGAAUUCAGUUUUCCACGGAACGCACGGUGCAGGCAGCUCAGCAGGCUAAUGGAACAUUGGAGUGCAGUAAAGCGCUCAGUCUAUGGGAACCAGUAAGACAGGCAGGAGGCUUAAGCUCUGCAACCAUGUAUAUGUGGUGCAACAUCAGCCUCCAGCCUGUUUUGGAUGCCUAUGCUGAAGCCCUGAAUGUGGACAUGACUCACAUGGGUGUGGAACCAAUGACUGCCAAUGCCACAGCUGCCCGAAUUGUCAAGAUCAUAUGGUCUAUGUACCAGGUCACUCUUAACCAAACACAUGUGACAGAGGAGCUCAUCAUGGCUGUGUCUGACCGCCUCUCUAUACUGGCAGGCUGGCCACUGAACCCUGAGGUACAGCAUUACUGGUACAAGCAGCUCCAGGGUGUACAGCUACAAAACAGCUUGUCCUCGAUAAAUAUGCUCUCAGAAGAACUGCUCAAUGUGGCGCCAUUCCUCUAUCCUCACAUUGAAACUGUAGAGGAAGCACUGAUCUUCAUCGUCAACAACUCCCAUCUUCUCAACAGCAGCUCCUCAGAGGACCUCUUCAAACAUGUGGCCAUGAUCUUCCUAAACUCUGCCAACAUCAGCUCAGCGGACUUCUUCUCCAUGAUACAGGGGGAUUUUUCAACACUCAAUGAGGCCUUUAUUACUGACAUGUUGAGAAAAGUGGUCGAACAGGUGACUGAAUUGAAGAUAUUAGGUGAAGAUCCUAUGGCUUACCGCGUUUUGGAGCGGGUCCUUAUGUCGAAUGACACAAGCUUGCUUGUAAAGAUGGUGACCAAGUCGUUUGCAUGGCUGACCUCAACUGAAGCAUUCGGAGUAGACCUGUUGAUGCAGGUGCUGCCCAAAAUGUACGACAUCCUUCAGGGUGUCUUGUCGCUCCUGAACAAGAUGAACGUUGAGUUGCCUGCGAAUACAGAGCUCUUCGAAGGCUUAGUUGGAAACCUAAUUGCAAUGCUGAGGCAGAUUGUGAGAACCAGUGGGCCUCUGCCUCCAAUGGGUCAACAUCAUGGUAUGUUUCUGCCAGAAAGCACUUACAGUAACCACACAGUGAGGAGCCGACACAAACGUGAGGCCCUAAUGAUGCCACAGAGAGACCCCAUGGAUGACUUCACAGAGCUGUUCGCCAUCGACUAUCCUGCCAUGUUCAAAGCCCUCGCUGUCCCUCCUUCUACAGUAGAAAUUAUGGACACUAUUCACGUGGUCUUUGCCAAUCCUGAUCUGAAUGUAGUGUUGAAAGGAGCUACCAGUGACAUGCCAUGGGGCUUGAACAACUCUCAAGAAGAGACCAUAAAUGCAGUGCUGGGGGUGCUUUCCUUUGUUACACUACCUGCUACUCUUGAGAUGUCAUCAAUGGAUCUCCUGGUGAAUGUUGUUCAUAUGAUUCCCGAUAGCUUUCCAUUCUCGUCUUUGCUCAAAAAUAUCACCAGGGCUCUGGCCAGCGAGUCUGAAGAAAACCUGUUGCUCAUGGAGGAGACCUUCGAAACCAUCGCUGAGCUCUUCCAAAUCAGCGAGACAGACCAGACGCUCGAAGAGAAUCUUGCCAAACUGAGAGCCCAGGUGUGUACCUUGGAGGAUACGGAGCUUGUGCAUCUGUUGCUGUGGCACCUUUCCAUCGAGCCUGGUCUUCUCUGUGGCACAUUCAUGCCCGGCCUGCAGACCCUGUUUGAGAUCCUGAUAACAGACACAAGUGCUCUGACUGAAGCCAUGUUCCAGACCUUCAUUGGAGAACCUACAACCUACAGUGUCGAGGCAAACUGGACCGCUGCGUUGAGUGAAAGUUUGGGUUUUAACACCAGCAGCCUGUACACUCUCAACAUUAACAUCAGCUCCCCAGGGGUGGUGAAGAUUGGUGAGCUGCUGAGGAAUGAAACUGCCUUUGUUCUGGAUGUUCAUCGACACAUGGAUUUCGAUCCCGCAGUAUUGGACCUGCUGAUGAAUUCUAUUCUACCAAACAACAAUUUAGAGAUCCUGUCCUGGCUGGUCAGCCUACAUCAAUGCAACUCCACAGAGACCAUGGGCAUGACUGAUUUGACCAUCCUGGAGACUUUCUGUUCCAUGAGUACGACAGAGUGGUACAGCUUUGUGCUGCUGGUGGUUCGACAUGUCAACACUGAAAAACUCAUCUACAGAGUGGUGUUGUCUGAAGAACUGCAGAGCUUGGCAACAGUGAUGCUUGAUAUGGCAGAGGCUGUGGUAGAUGUGAUGAACAAGAUUAUUCCUACCAUCGGUCAACUGCAAACAUACCUGCUCUCCAUGGAGGACCUUGACACGGACGCCUCCAGUGAAUUUAACCUUAUGACCCGAGGACAGACGCCCAGCAAGUCCAACCAUGCUACGUUCGUCACCCUCUCUAAAGCGCUGUGCACUAAGGGUAUCGUGGCUGUGUUUGGAAUAACCAAGCUGACCACAGCGUCACAUUCAAGCCCCUCCUCCCCCCACAACCAGCAGAGGGAGGAGAUGAUUGAGAGAUUCAAGAUUCCCCGAAAUGCCACUCCGUUCUGUAUGAACAUGUACCUGGACAUGGUCAACACCACAGGAGGAGCCAUAGCCUGGGCCUUCCUCAAACCGAUGCUGAUGGGACAAAUCCUGUUCACCCCUGACACUCCAGUCACAAGGAACAUAAUGGAGAAGGCCAAUACCACCCUGCAGGAAUUCGCAAACCUGAGGAAACAGUCACAAGAGUGGAUCGAAUCUUCCAACUACAUCAUAAACUCCGCAGAAACACUCAGCCACACGUUGCCAAUGCUGCAGAAUUCCCUUGGCAACCCUUUUGUGAAGAAUUUCAUCCAGAUGCAGACAGACAUCAAUGUUGACAGAAUGAAAGAGACACUCAAGAACUUCUCUAACAUUACAGUAAUGCUGGAAAACAACAAACAAAUAUUGGAUCAUAUCACCACUUUGUCUAACCUGAUGAUGGACCUGUCUUCCUGUAUCCAAUUUGACCGUUACCGUGGCUACGACUCUGAAGAGCAGCUUAACACCGCAGCUCAGGAACUUGCAAAAAAUCGCAAUCUCUAUGCAAGUGUCAUUUUCAAGCUUCCCAAAGACAAAGACUCAUCACGGAGCCGCCAUGCCAGGGCAUCCUCCACCACAUCCUCCCUGCCUCCCAAAGUCAGCUACACUAUCCGUAUGCAUAUGGACAAUGUCAUGCGUACCGACAGAGUCCGGAAUCCAUACUAUGUGAAGGACACACACAUCGUGGCCAGCCUGACAAUGCGCUACAACCGGGGCUUCAUCUACCUCCAGGAAAACAUCGAUCGGGCUAUCAUUGAAACUCACGCUGGGCACAGAGUCACAGAGCCAGCCGUCCAGCUGCAGCCCUUCCCCUACCCGUGCCAUCUCCGGGAUGAGUACCUGGAGGCCAUCUCUUUCGUCUUUCCGAUCAUGCUGAUGUUGGCCUGGGUGCUGUUCGUGGCUGAUUUUGUGAAGAAACUUGUGCACGAGAGAGAACUGAGACUGCAUGAGUACAUGAAGAUGAUGGGAGUCAACCCGGCCAGCCACUUCUUUGCCUGGUUCAUAGAGUGUGCCACUUACCUAGUCAUGACCAUCUUUAUUCUCACUCUGGUGAUGAAGUACGGCAACAUCCUACCCCACAGUGACGGCUUCCUCCUGUUCUUGUAUUUCUGUGACUACGGCUUGAGCAUCCUGGCCUUCAGCUACCUAGUCAGUUCCUUGUUUGACAGGACCUACAUCGCUGGACUGAGCGGCAGCCUCCUUUACAUUCUCAGCUUCUUCCCUUUCAUUGUGGUCAUGGCCCUGGAGACAAAUCUCUCCUUUUCACAGAAGAGCCUGCUGGGCCUAUUUUCCCCAACCUGCUUCAGUCAUGCCAGUCAAUACGUGUCUCGCUAUGAGGCCCAAGGACAAGGAAUUCACUGGAAGAACUCAUACACCUCACCCAUUGCUGAUGACACAGCCUCAUUCGGGUGGCUGUGCUGGCUGAUGGUCAUUGAUUCCAUCCUCUACUUUGUCAUCGGGGCUUACAUCCGCAUGGUCUUCCCAGGAAAAUACGGAAUCCCAGCUCCAUGGUACUUCCCCUUCAAGUCCUCAUUCUGGACUGACCUGUGCUGCAGCAUUCAUUCAAACACUGGUUCAAGCAAAGGGCUUCUCUUCACCAACGUCAUGCAGAAAAACCAGCCUGUCCUCUCUGACAACAAGGGAAAAGGCAAGAACACGCUUUCCUUCCAGGCUGGUGAAGAUUUCUCAGAGCUUCCAAUUGGAGUUGUCCUCCACAGUCUCAGCAAGAUCUAUGGCGACCGAGUAGCCAUUGAAAACCUGAAUGUCUCUUUCCACGAGGGCCAUGUCACCUCAUUGCUUGGUCACAAUGGAGCUGGCAAGACCACCACCAUGUCUCUCCUGACUGGCCUUUUCGCCCCGUCAUCUGGCUCAAUAGAGGUGUACGGCAGAGACAUGCAGACCAACAUCGAUGAUAUUCGCAAAGAACUGGGCGUCUGCAUGCAAUAUGAUGUCCUCUUUGACCACAUGACAGCCAAGGAGCACCUGCUGCUGUACGGCCAGAUCAAGGCCCCACACUGGACACGCGGGGUCCUGCACGAGCAAGUCCGAACGAUCCUGGAGGAGACAGGCAUGUACGCGCACAGACACAAGCGGGUGGGCACUCUGUCGGGCGGCAUGAAGCGCAAGCUGUCAAUUUCCAUUGCCUUCAUAGGAGGCUCUCGCUUGGUGGUUCUGGAUGAACCCACCACAGGAGUUGAUCCUUGCUCGAGGCGCAGCAUCUGGGACAUUGUCAUCCAGCAUAAGAAACACCGCACUAUCAUCAUGUCCACCCACCAUCUGGAUGAGGCUGAAGUGCUGAGUGACCGCAUCGCCUUCCUGGAGAAAGGAGGAUUAAAAUGCUGCGGCUCGCCCUUCUACCUGAAAGACAAGCUGGGCCAGGGCUACAAACUCACCCUUACUAAAAAGAAGCAGAGCCUGGAGUCUAAAGAAAUUGACCAUGCUGAACUGAAGGAGUUCAUCCAAGCCCAUGUACCUGAGGCGCGACUGAAGGAGACCCAAGGGGGCGACUUAGUCUACUCACUGCCCACGUUCACCUCAUCCAAUGCCUCCUCAUACCGCUCCCUCCUGACGGCACUGGACACAAACCUUAACAACCUGCAGCUUGGGGGCUACGGCGUCUCUGACACGACACUGGAGGAGGUGUUCCUCGAGUUGACCCAUGACAACACUGAUUCUGAGAACGUCCCCCUGUCUAUCUCGGAGACUGUCUCUGACACUCAAUCUUUGGACAGUUUCUCAUCAGACUCCUCUGAAAACCUUGGGGACAAGAUCAAGCUCACUGGUUCAUCCACGGUGAGUGGCAUGGCCCUGCUGUGGCAGCAGAUAUUCGCCAUGCUGGUCAAGAGGUUCAAACACAGCCACAGAGACUGGAAGGGCCUGAUUUCACAGAUCCUGCUCCCUGUUCUGUUUGUGUUGUUUGCAAUGGGCCUGGGCUCCAUCAAGAAUGACCUGCGGCACUAUCCUGAGAUGGUGCUGAGCCCUGCACUCUACAACAUCGGACCAAGCUACUCUUUCUUCAGCAACAAAAAUCCCAGCUCCAGGCCACUGGUCGAUGCCAUGAUGUCAUUCCCUGGGAUCGAUAACGCAUGCCUUGACAAGUCUGAUAACUCGGUCUGCACAAGAAGUCACGCAUGGACUCAGAGAAGGAACACGUCUGGACUACUGAAUACCUGUAAAUGCACCUCACAGGGACAGGUUUGUGAUAAAAGCAAGGAUCAGCUGUCACAUAAGAAGAGCCCGUCAUCUCAGGAUGUUUAUAACCUCACCGGCAUCGAUGUGCAGAACUACCUGGUGAACACAGCCAAUGACUUCAUCAGGAACAGGUAUGGGGGCUUUGAAUUUGGCAUGCAGCUUCCUUCUGACUUGCAAAUGGACGUCAUUCAAGUGCCCAAAAACCGUACUCUGUCUAAGGUCUGGUUCAACCCUGAGGGGCACCACACAAUGCCAGCAUACAUGAACAGCCUCAACAACCUCAUCCUUCGCACCAAUCUUCCAGCUGAUAAGGAUCCGACAAAAUACGCCAUUUCAGUUUCCAGUCAUCCUUAUUUUGGUCGGGCAGACGACGAAGACGCUAUUCUUCAGGGUAUGCUGCAGAUGCUUGUGGCGAUGUGUGUGCUGACGGGCUUCUCGAUCACAACGGCCAGUUUUGCCAUCUAUGAAGUCAGCGAGCACCACAGUGGUGCCAAGAGGCUCCAGCACAUCGCAGGCAUCAGCGAGCCCCUCUACUGGGCUGUGAACUUCUUCUAUGACAUGGCCAUCUAUCUGAUCCCUGUGACUUUGACUGUUGCUGUGAUCGCAGCCUUCCAGAUACCGGCGUUCACAGAACGGCAGAAUUUGGGUGUCAUCACCCUCCUGUUCGUGCUCUUUGGGUUUGCUACCUUCCCCUGGAUGUAUCUGUUAGCAGGUAUCUUCAAGGAUGCAGAAAUGGCCUUCAUCACCUAUGUGUGUGUCAACCUCUUCAUCAGCGUCAACACAAUCAUGUCCACGUCCAUCUUCUACUUUAUGGGCCAAAUUUCACCCCAAAACCCUGAGCUCAUCAAGGCCAUGUUUGAAAGGAUGUGCAACGCCUUCCUCAUCUUCCCCCAGUUCAAUUUUGGGAACGGGUUGAUGCAACUGACCAGGAAGAACAUAGAGGUCCAGAUCCUCAGUGGUUAUGGCAUUGAUGCCUAUCAAAACCCAUUCUCCACAGAGGCUUUCAAGAAGAUGUUCAUUGCCUCCUUUAUCCAAGGCCUGGUCUUCUUCACCCUCCGCCUCCUGCUUAACAAGUUCCUAAAGCGAAAAGUCAGGCUUUUGAUUUGUGGCAAAACAUUGCCACAGGUGGCUUCUGAGCACGAGGAUGAGGAUGUGACAGCUGAGCACCUGCGCGUUUCCAGUGGAGCAGCCAGCUCAGACAUACUGCAGCUCAACCAGCUCACUAAGGUCUAUCAACACCUAAAUAAGAAGGUCCCUGCUGUUAAGAGGCUCUCUGUGGGCAUCCCUGCAGGAGAGUGCUUUGGUCUGCUGGGUGUGAACGGAGCAGGAAAAACGACCACCUUCAAAAUGCUGACUGGCGACGUCAGCCCCACUGAUGGCACAGCACAGAUCAGGGACUGGGAUGGGCAACUGAUGGACAUCAUGGAGUGCCGUUACAAGGGAAUUAACAUCGGCUACUGUCCCCAGGUGGAUGCACUGGACAACCUGCUCACUGGAGAGGAGCACUUGUAUUUCUACGCUCGCAUUCGAGGCAUCUCAAAGAGGGAGAUAGACAGGGUGGUGUCCUACCUCCUGAGGAGGCUGGAGCUCAACUAUCACAGAAACAUCAUUACUGAUGGUUAUAGCUGCGGCACCCGAAGGAAGCUCUCCACAGCACUGGCUCUCCUUGGACACCCACAAAUCCUGCUCUUGGAUGAGCCCAGCUCUGGCAUGGACCCUCGCACUAAGCGUCACCUGUGGAAAAUCAUCUCCGAGGAAGUGAAAGGAAAAUGUGCCGUGGUCCUCACCUCUCACAGCAUGGAGGAGUGUGAGGCACUGUGCAGCCGUCUUGCCAUCAUGGUGAAAGGUCAGUUCCGAUGCCUUGGCUCUCUGCAGCACAUUAAGAACAGGUUUGGCAGAGGGUUUACUGUGAAGAUGUACUUGGCUGGAGCCUCCUGUGAUGCCGAGGCAAUCACUGGCUUCAUGCAGCGCAGAUUCCCCAGCACUUACCUCAAGGACCAACACUCCACUAUGGUAGAGUACCACGUACCAGUUGCUCCAGGAGGGGUGGCUGACAUCUUCGACCAACUGGAGUCAAACAAGACUGCUCUGCAGAUCAAACACUUCUCUGUGAGCCAGACCACACUGGAUGAGGUUUUCAUCAACUUUGCCAUGGGGAAAAUUGGCAUGGACACCAUACCAAUUGAUGACGAGGGUGAUGACGCAGACUCCCUUAAGACAGUAGAAACAUAGAGCAGAUUUUUUAAGUCUCUUUACUAAAGAUGUAAAGGGUAACUCCCAUUUUCAUUUGUACAAUCCAAAUCUAGCAUAUCCUGUAAUUAGUAGCAGAACAGCACACACACACACACACUUGCACAGGUGGAAAAAGUUUAUAAACUGAAAACUGAAGUGUUUCCUCUCUUUCAAGUCACAUAACAACACUAAUUUGUUUACCUUCAAUUUUUGAGAUGGACAGCUUUUACCAUGUAGACCAGAUAGGAUUGAAACUCCUAAAGGUUUUGCAAAACAACAACUCAUAUAACACAACAUAGAAGUAAACCACUGAUAUCAUUGAAAUCAAAAUAUUGUAUCCCUAUUACCAAUUAAUGGUAAUGAUUUUCAUGGAUAACCAUGGUAUCAAUGUUGAUUAAAAAUAAGUGUGAUUACCAACAUGACUACACUUUGGGAAGCACUGAUUUCAAUUUCUCUCUAUGCACUGUUUACUUUAUAUUAUACCAUUGUAAAUCAAUAGCAUUAGAUUUCAUGUAUUUUUCCUUGAGAUUUAUACUUAAGAUAAAAAUAGAAAAAUCACUUUGAUUUUGAUUAUAUACAUAUAUAUCACUCACACAAUCAUUUUUUUUAUUCUGAGAAAUGUGUAAAUGUGCCUUCUGGAUUAAAUCUUCUUUACAAACACCCUCAAUAUGCACUUUUCCCUUACUUAUUAACACAUCCUCUAAGGGCAUUUCUAACUUUUAGAUGAAUAGACUGAAUAUUUAAUGCAGUCUUUCCUUUCUUAUUUUGGACCAGUAUAAAUGGCCUUGAAUGCACCAAGACUAUUUUUUACAAUUCUAAUAAAGCUAUUUUUCAAAUGCA